AUGAGCAAAAUCUCAGGCAGCAAUGAACAGGGCUGGCUCCGCCCCAGCUGCUACCUCAUCGGCUCCGCCUACGGCUGGAUCGUCACCGUCGACAGGAGGUCCGAGCUCCACCUCCUCAACCCCAUCAGGGGUGACCAGAUCGACCUCCCGUCCGUCACCACCAUCGAGCAGGUCAGGCCACUCCGCGACUGGUACGGUGCUGUUCGCCUGUACGAGUACUCGUGGUACACUGCAACCCACACGGAACGCUUAACGCCAUCAGUCUUUCGCCUUCAUAAGCUGCGGGAUUAUCUCUUUCAGAAGGCGUUCUUGUCCUCCGAUCCGUCCACUGGAUCCUACACUGUUGUGCUCAUCCAUAACCCGUACUGGCAGCUCUCGUUCGCGAGAGACGGGGAUGACCACUGGACCUGGUUGCCAGACGGUGUUAUGUAUGCAGAUUGUGUCUUUAAGGACGAUGGCCUACUGUAUGCAAUGCGGGUUGAUGGUGAAAUCCACGCAUACGAUCUAAGUGACCCUGCAUUGAAACCACGAGUUGUCAUGGAUGGGUUUAAGGUCGGGCCUGGUGGAAUCUACAUUGUCCAAGCUCCAUGUGGUGAUCUGCUGCAAAUUCACAGGGAUCUUGAGUAUCCUGAUGAGGAGGAUGAAGAGGUGCCUGGUGACGAACCUGACUUAGACCCACCAGACGAUGAUGAGUAUUUCUCAGAACCGGACAGGGCUACAUCAGAAUAUGAUGCAGAACCGGCGUGGUGGAGCGUAUCAGAAGAUGGUGCAGAACCAGAGUUAGACUCUAUGCCACUUCACGAAAAGGUUGUGUUCAAAGUAUAUAGAGUGGACUUGACAGCAAAGAAGUUUGUGGAAGUAAGUAGUUUGGGUGACAAUGUGCUGUUUCUUGGGCUCAACCAAUCACUCUGUCUAUGCGCCAAAGAAUAUCCAGAACUGAAGGGGAAUCAUAUCUACUUUACUGAUGCUUUUGGAAAGCAUGAAAAACGUGAUAUGGGAGUUUUUAACUUGGAUAAUCUGACCAGCGAGAAAAUUGUUUCUCCUCGGAUUUCGUCCAACUGGCCACCCCCCAUUGGAUAG